GAUUCCUAUUAGCCGUGGCGGCUCGUCAGACCGUCACCGUGCGGCCGUGCCCUGUCGAACGCCGCCCCCUCCGCCGCCGUCUCCACGACGGGCGCCCCGCCUGGCCGCCUCGCACCUCCCCUUGCUCCCCAGUCCCACCCUCCGUCCUCACCACCGGCUGCCCCGCCUCCCGCCUCCACUACUGCCCCGGGUCCCGGCGGCUCGAUACCCCUCCCUUUGCUCUUGCUCGCCUGUCCCCAUCCCCCGUCCUCACCCUCGCUCGGCGGCGGCCCGCGGAGCGCCGGUGCCUGGCAACCUCCGGUGAGAACUCCGAGCAGUCUUGCCGUCUUGUCCAUUACAUCUGGAGAGCAGUGACACCUUGAAGACCUGAACGGCUGAACGAGCAGAGCAGCCGACAACGGCCUCCUCCGCUGCGCCCCGGCCCCGUGAUUCUUUCGCCACCAGCUGUGUGUUACUUACUGUGUGGCCUGUUGGUGCCUACUGCUGCCGCGGCGCCCCUCCUCUCGCUGAUCUGGCGUAGGAUCAAUGUCAACUAUUUCUGAUCAGAAGAAACGAACCUUAGAAGCUAUUCAACAACGGUAUGCAGCAGCUAAAGCUAAGAAGCUGCAAGAUGAACAGCCCAAGUGCCCGAAGAACAAAGAGAGUACCCCCAAGCCCAAGUUUGAUGCACGGAGGAAAGGAAAAACUCCUGAAUCCACUCCUCGAACUUCUGGCCAGCUGCCUACAUUUAGAGCUCAAGGAAACUCCAGUCAUCAACAAAAGCCUUCUGCCUCCUCAGGUAAACCUAUAUGUGUGUGUGCAUGUGACUUUGUCCUGAAAUUAACUGAUAGCUUUUUUGACCUUUUAGGUGGAGAAAUCAACCCUAUAUACUCUGAGAUUUCAUUUGCUCUUCAUGAAAAUUUGUCCCAAGAUGACUAUGCGAAUCCCGACAGCACAGACGUAGUUCAAAGUGUCAUAUAUGAUAUAAUUCAGAAAGGUGGAGAAGCCGGGAAAAUUUCCAAGGGAUCGAAAAAGUUAAAGUUGGAUAGAGGGAUUCUUUUGGAUAACUAUGUUCAAAAGGGUCCUAUAUUAGUGGAUGCACAAUCACGAUCUUUGUUGAUCCACUCGAAGCGAUCAAAAAGGCACAUGUCACUGAAGCAACAUAAGAAAUGUGGGUCAUUUGAUUUACAUGAUACAUUCCGCAGGUUUGACCUCUAUAAGCCAAUGCAUGAAAUGUGGAAAGACUAUAUGCGAGAGCUUACAAAAAGUACUCCGAAAAAGCAAUUGUCGGAAAACCUCCUUUCAGCAGAUCUUCAUGGGGCGCUUAUAAUAGUGGCACAAUGCAAAGCAGCCUCAUAUCAAGGUGUAAGUGGCAUCAUGAUUCGUGACACUGCAGAGACUUUUGGAAUUAUAUCAGAGGACAACCGCUUCCGAGUUGUGCCGAAAGCUGGGUCAGUUUUCGUCCUCCAAGCUGAUUGCUGGAAGGUUACACUAAUCGGCGACAAACUGUCGCCAAAGGAGAAGUUGAAGGAAAGCCAGCGUCUGCAGCGUGCGCAAUCACUGAUCAGAUAGAGUUUCGAGCCUGUUAGACUCUGUUUUCUGAUAAAUUUUGCCCAGAGGAACAACUACAGUUUUUCUUGCUUGGUUGUUGUUUCUGUUGAUUAACGUCAGUCUAACCCUUCAUUGCCUAGCACUUGGCAGUUCUUGUUGCUCCACAUUGUAAGCCUGUCACUCCACUCCUGGCAAAGACGCGACGCUGAGAAGUUCCUUAGUAAAUUCGAACACGCUUCUUGUGCAAGCUGCA